GAGGAUCCGGGAAGUCCCGGGUUAUCUGACAGCGCAGCGCUCGCCGCGCAGGGCGUCGGCACGGCCCGGCCCAGCUGCCCCGCGCCCGCGUGACCAUGCGGCGCCCCCCGCUCUGCUGCCUGCUGCUGGCCGCGCUGCUGCUGCCCGUCCCCGCGCAGCGCUUCUCGGCGCUGACGUUCCUGCGGGUGGACCAGGACCGGGACAAGGACUGCAGCCUGGAGUGCGGGGGCUCCCCACAGAAGCCGCUCUGCGCCUCGGACGGGAGGACCUUCUUGUCCCGCUGCGAGUUCCAGCGCGCCAAGUGCAAGGACCCGCAGCUGGAGAUCGCUCACCGCGGCAGCUGCAAAGAUGUGUCCCGCUGUGUGGCUGAGAGGAAGUACACGCAGGAGCAGGCGCGGAAGGAGCUGCAGCACGUCUUCAUCCCGGAGUGCAGUGAGGACGGGUCCUACAGUCAGGUGCAGUGCCACAGCUACACGGGUUACUGCUGGUGCGUGACUGCCAACGGCCGGCCCAUCAGUGGCACAGCGGUGGCCCACAAGACUCCCCGGUGCCCAGGCUCCGCGAGUGAGAAGCUGCCGCAGCGGGAAGGCACGGGGAGAGCAGUCUCCUUGCAAAUCUUUUCCAUUCUGAAUUCAGAUGAUGCCUCAGUGCCUGCGUUGGAGACUCAGCCUCAAGGAGAUGAAGAAGAUAUUGCAUCCCGCUACCCUACACUUUGGACCGAACAAGUGAAAAGUCGGCAGAAUAAAACCAACAAGAAUUCAGCAUCGUCCUGUGACCAGGAGCAGCAGUCAGCCCUGGAGGAGGCCAAGCAGCCCAAGAAUGACGACGUGGUGGUCCCCGAGUGCGCCCAAGGCGGCCUCUACAAGCCUGUGCAGUGCCACCCCUCCACGGGCUACUGCUGGUGUGUGCUCGUGGACACGGGCCGCCCCAUCCCGGGCACGUCCACUAGGUAUGAGCAGCCCAAGUGUGACCACACAGCUCGGGCAAACCCAGCCAAGACGCGGGAUCUGUACAAGGGCCGCCAGCUCCAAGGCUGUCCCGGCGCCAAGAAGAACGAGUUCCUGACCAGUGUCCUGGACGCGCUGUCCACAGACAUGGUCCAUGCCGUGUCCGACCCUGCUGCCCCUGGCAGGCAGCCGGAGCCGGACCCCAGCCACACGCUGGAGGAACGCGUGGUACGCUGGUACUUCAAGGUGCUGGACAGGAACGGCAGCGGGGACAUCGGCAAAAAGGAGAUGAAGCCCGUCAAGCGCUUCCUGCGGAAGAAGGCCAAGCCCAAGAAGUGCGUGAAGAGAUUCGUGGAAUAUUGCGACGCCAGCAACGACCGGGCGCUGUCGCUGCAGGAGCUGAUGGGCUGUCUGGGCGUCAGCAGGGAGGAGGGCAGGGCCAGCGCCAGGCGGCUCCCGACCCCCCGAGGCAGCGUGGACAGCGCUUCCCCGAGACAGCCCAGGAAGCAAGGCUGAGCGCUCCCAGGGCUCCCGGUGUGUGGGCGACAAUCACCAAAACGCAAUUAAAAACCCAAACCAAAAACAUAGUAUUUGCACUCUGUACUUCAAAUGUAAAUCCACUUUGUAGGAGCGAGAUAUUUAACAGACUGAUGGGAUCUGUGAGCGGAGCCCGGCUUCAGCGCGUGGUCACGUCGAUGCCUGUGUCCCGGAGCUUCUAGGACUCGCCGAAGGCGCAUCUGGACAGAAGCUGCCUCUGUGCUCUGUGUCACCUCGGGGCCUCGGAUGAGC